ACGGUGCAGCAUGUGGGCAACACACUGUAUAAAGCUCAUAAACUUGUAGGCUGAUGUGUGCAGCUACCACUUUGGAUUCUGUACUGCUGCUUCCCUCGGCACAAGGCACCAGCAGGCUGAGCAUUAAAGCCUGCUCUUUGGAACUGAGCAUUUACCCCUGCAAGACAUGAAGGGCUUCCUGUUUCUCACACUCCUCCUGAUGCCCGUGCACGCUGGAACUGCUUGGAGUGCGAAAUAUGCAGUAGAUUGUCCUGAGCCCUGUGACAGUAACGCAUGCAAAAGUACCUUGCGCUGUAAGAGAACGGUGCUGGAUGACUGUGGCUGUUGCAGAGUGUGUGCAGCUGCUCUGGGGGAGACUUGCUAUCGUACGGUCUCGGGUAUGGAUGGUGUCAAGUGUGGUCCUGGGCUGAAGUGCCAGUUUUACACUGAGGAGGAUGACUUUGGUGAUGAAUUUGGUAUCUGCAAAGAGUGUCCCUACGGUACCUAUGGUAUGGAAUGCAGGAAAACCUGCAACUGUCCCUCUGGCAUCUGUGACAGAGUAACUGGGAAGUGUCUGAAGUUUCCGUUUUUUCAACUGUCUGCUUCCAAGCCUCCAAAUCGACGAAAAAUCGUUUCACACACAGAUAAUGACAUGGCAUCAGGGGAUGGCAAUUCUGUAAAAGAGGAAUUCGUUAAGGAGAAAACUAUUCGCUCUCCGGUAAUGAAAUGGCUAAAUCCUCGCUGAUAUUUACCCACGCUCAUAAGACUUUCAAGUGAAUGCAUUUCUCACAGAUUAUUGAAUAUGCAACAACACACUUUAAGAAUGAAGUAGAUGUAUAGCAUAUGAAAAUGUAACCUCUGAAGGCCAAUUGUUAUUCUGUUUCCAGGAGAAAAAUGUUUACUUAAAAAUAGACUGUACAGUGUAUAUGAUUUUUAAUAUUUGUUUUGAUAAGUAUUUGAACAGAAAUGUAUUGUGGAUUCCUGAAUGUACAGUAAUAUUAAAAAACCCAACACAAUUCAACCCUCCUCAUCUAAAUAAUGCCAGAGGCUGACUUUGCAGCCUGAGGCAGGGAGAGCUCUCAUUGAAUUCAGUGGACAGUUUGAGUGAGUAAAACUAUUGGUGUGGAGCCAAUGUGAAAGAAACUCACAUAAACAUAUCCCAGGAUAGCAAACAACACCCCUGAAUCACAAAAAUAAUAAUAGCAUAGGAGCACAACAGUGUGAAUUAAAUAAACCAGUGUUAGUCAUUAGUCAUUUUCUGUUUUUUUGGAGUUUGGUGACAAUUCCUCAGAGAUAAAUACAUCUUUCUUCAGUAAGAAAACACCCAGCAUUUAAGUUUGUACAUUGUGAAUAAUUUAACCAAGACACUGCAGCCAUAUAGUGUAUUUAGGUGGAUUUCUAAAGUUAAAUUCUGUACAGAGAAGCAGCAGCUUGGUAAAUUCUACAAUUUGUAGAUGGGGAUCUGAAAAGAAACAAGCUGUUUAGCAUUAUUUAAAUAUAUAUGUUUCUGUAAAGUAGUUACUAUGGUGUAUUAAGUUGUUGUCUGCAUUUCAUGAGGAACAAUGGGUCCAAUGCCGGAACUCAGCAAAUGAACCUUUGUAAUUUUCAUCUUCAGUGCUGGCUGCAGCCCAUCUGCCACUCACAGGGAGUCCAUCUGGUUCAGUGUAGGGAAGGCUUGGACCUUCACUAAGUGGUAGUAGUGCCACCACAGCCUAUAGUACUUAGUUUCUUACUUGCAUGAGCAAGGGGUUCUAUUUUAGCCAGGAGAGUAACUUAUAUAUGUUAAGAGUGUUGCAGGAGCUGACAGACCCUCAUUCAGUCCAGACUGGGAAAUACAUUUGUUCCACAAAAAAAUCCACACUGAGAUGGGUUUGCUAGCAUGUCUGGAAACAACAGAUUAGCUGUUUAAGAUGUGGCUAUUUAAAAGUGGAGCUGGAUUGCCGGAGUUCAGGAAUGCAGAGCACUCUCAUUGGAAAUGUGUUUUGAACUGAGUAUUGCUUUGAAAUCAAUGUGAGCUUUGACAGUGAAUUCAGUGAAAGAAGGAGCAUGCAGUACCUCAGUCAAAGUUUGGUGCAGGAUCUGAAAACAUGCUUUUAAAUCUAUGAACAACAGAAACUCCAAUGUCUUUAGAGAGUCCAAAUCCUGAUCCAAAGCCAGAAUUAGCGAAUGCAGGCUGCUUUCACAUGGGAAAGCUGUGCUGAAAAGUGCUCUAGAACAAGAGAAUGAAGACAGUAGUAGACACCCAAAUGUCAGCAUAUCAGUGAAGGCUCUGUUAUGGUGAUAAUUGGACACAUGUAAGCAAAAACCUUAAACUAGCAUAUACCACGUUUUAAUGUGUACUGAAUGGUUAGGUCUGAGAGGGAGCAAUAUUAUCUUGGGCUGUUUACAAGCAAACAUAUUGAUUCUCAUCUACUGUUAUCAAAAGUAAUUUUUCUUGAUUUCAGUGAGAGCAGGUUCAAACCCAUGGUCCUUCAGCAGACUGAAGAGAAUUAUUUAAAGAAUGUAGUAAAUAUUUGCAUACAUUAUUAUUAUUUUGCAAUAGUGUCAUAAAUGACAUUACAAGUUCUUGAAUGUAUAUGUAAUA